AUGGUGUUUCUUCAAGAAAACACACUAUUUAGGAUAUUAUUCAUUAUUGUUAUACCAAUUAUCAUAAUCAUAUGCCUGCUGCAUCCAAACGGGAAGGAAAGCUUGCAAAUGCUAGGAUAUCAAUAUUAUAAUUCUAAUUAUGGAGCCCAAGUGGUUAACCGAAAGGAAGAUUUAUUGAAGACCGAUAUAACAACGAAAUUAAGAUUUAAAAAUUGGUCUCAAUCACCAUUGAAUGAUCGAAUUAGAAAUCAAGAAUUUGUCAAGGAUAAAUUGACUGGAUACAUAUCUAAUUUGAACUUAGAGAAGCAUCAUUCAAAAUUUGCUUCGGGUGGAUCGCAUAGUCAUCGUCAAUUAGGUGGGAAAAAUGAAGCAGAAUUUCAUAAGGAUUACGAUUCAUUAGUGAAAUGUGAAGAUUUACAAUACGUUAACACAGUGGAGCAUUCUGAAUGGAAUAAAGUUUUAGAUGAUGAUUUAUUGACUUUAAGACGUGAUUUGCUUAAAAAUAACGAUUUUUUGGGAAAAGACAUUACAGAUCCUAGCGAAAAGAAUUGGUCUGAGGAGGAAAUUAUUAAUAAACAUUGGUUUAGGUUUGGAGGGUCUUCAGUAUGGUUAGAUAAAUACGAAUGCCACUUGGUUUUCUCCAGAGUCCUUUAUGCUAGAAAGGGUGUAAGAGAUCAUCCUCACGUUUCCAUGAUCAGAGCUCAAGCAUUUGAUAGAGAUUGGAAUGAAAUAAAGGAAAAAAGAAUUCCCUAUAAUGAUAUUACCCACCCAAAGGAUCUUGAUUUAGAAUUAAAAAAAUUAGAUCAUGAACUAGGCUUAUUUCCUUGUGAUUCAAUCAAGCAUAAUACUGAGGAAUUUGACGCAUGUGUUGUGGAACAUACAAAGAGUAAGAUUGUUACUGAAAAGAGGAAAGAAAAAAUCAUGUCUAGAUAUUUCUUAACUUAUCCCACAGUCCUAGAUAUUAGGUAUAGAGCUGCUGGUGAUUGGCUAGGGCCUGAGGAUCCACAUGUAAUUGUCAGAAAGACAAAAGAUAUUGAAGAGCCAGUGGUCAUUUUUAAUAUGUAUGACGGAGGAGAAGGAGCUAGAAGAGUGUUUUCAUUUAUGCCCAGUAGGAAAAAUACACCAUUAUUGAAAUUUAACAUUAAUGAUUCUGGUCGUAAAUUCAAUAGUUGGGAGAAAAAUUGGACUCCCUUUUUCCAUCAACAUCUUGCCGAAAGUGCGUUUUCCAGAGGCUCCAUUCAUUUCAUUUAUACAUUUUCACCCUUGGAGAUUUUGAAAUGUUCGUUGAAUGAUGGUGUUUGUUCCAUGGUAUUUGAGGCGAAGACUUUGGAUUUAUCAAAGGAUAAUAAAUUUGGUGGUUGGAGAGGCGGUACACAGUAUAUUCCGUUACCUGAAGUGUUACCGCAAGUGAAGAAUAAACAAAUAUGGGUUGGGUUCCCCAAAUUACAUAUUGAUCGUUGUGGAUGUGGUUUAAAAUUUUACCGACCUAUGUUGAGUUUACUUGUGGAAAGUAAUGGUGCAUAUCAUCAAGAGUUGGCCGUCCCGGAUAUUGAUUUUGAUAUGGAUGUUCUAUCAUGGGAUCAAAAGGGGACACAUUGUGGUCAAUUAAAUGUGUUGAGUCCCAAUGCCAUUUCCUAUUGGGAGGUGGCUAGUCAAGCACAUCAUUCUAAGAAAUAUGAGGAUUAUAUGGCUCUUUCUUUCAGUGAAGCGGAUGCUAACACGAGAGUAAUUGUGUUAAGAGGUAUAUUGAAUUAUAUCCUUGAAAUAUAUGAGAAGAAGGCCAUUAUGGAAGAUUUUGAAGUCAGUAGUAAAUCUGAUUUAAUCAUUGGACGAACAUUGAAAUGUGUCGUGCAAAAAGCGAAAGAAGAUUGUAAGGCGUAUGGUAAAUCACAUCCAGAACCAAAGAAGGAUUGA